GCGGCGGCGAGUGCCUAGGCGAAAGGAGCGCGCAUGGGGCGCCCGCCGGGGAGAGGACAGCGCCUCGCGAACCCCACGCCGCGGACUCCGCUCGCGACCCGCGGAGCGUCUCCCGGAACGCGUCUCGGAUACCAUGACUAUAUUUUUGAUCUCAAAAAGUCACAGCUCGGCCCUCCUAAACGUAAUAGUGCAGUGGAGUUAAAGCAACUUCUCGUCUCAGUUGUCCUGGAAUCGGAGUGUGAUCUUUACCCCAAUAUCACUUCAGAUGAGUCCUAUACAUUAGCUGUGGCAGGACCAGUGGCUUUUCUCAAGGCCAACAGAGUUUGGGGAGUAUUACGAGGUUUAGAAACCUUUAGCCAAUUAAUUUAUCAAGAUUCUUAUGGGACUUUCACCAUCAAUGAGGCCAACAUUAUUGAUUCUCCACGGUUUCCACACAGAGGAAUUUUAAUUGAUACAGCUAGACACUUCCUGCCCAUUAAGAGUAUACUUAAAACUCUGGAUGCCAUGGCUUUUAAUAAGUUUAAUGUUCUCCACUGGCACAUUGUUGAUGACCAGUCUUUCCCUUACCAGAGCGUUGCUUUUCCUGAGUUAAGCAACAAAGGAAGCUAUUCUUUGUCUCACGUGUAUACACCAAAUGAUGUCCGUGCGGUGAUAGAAUAUGCCCGAUUACGAGGCAUUCGAGUCCUACCAGAAUUUGAUAGUCCUGGACAUACACAGUCUUGGGGAAAAGGUCAGAAAAACCUCCUGACUCCAUGUUACAAUGGACCUGAGCAGUCUGGGACCUUUGGACCUAUAAACCCUAUUCUGAAUUCAACUUACUGCUUCCUGGCUCAGUUUUUCAAAGAAGUUGGUACAGUGUUUCCAGAUCACUUCGUUCACUUGGGAGGAGAUGAAGUGGACUUUACAUGUUGGGAGUCCAACCCAGAAGUCCUAGAUUUCAUGAAGCGGAAGGGCUUUGGCAGAGAUUUUCAAAGACUGGAAUCUUUCUAUAUUCAAAAGCUUUUGUAUAUUGUUUCAACUAUAAACAAGGGAGCUAUAGUCUGGCAAGAGGUUUUUGAUGAUCAUGUUAAGCUUAAGCCAGGCACAGUUGUUCAAGUAUGGAAACAGGAAAUGUAUCCUAAAAAACAAGCUCAAGUCACAGCAGCUGGCUUCCCUAUGAUACUUUCUGCUCCUUGGUACUUAGAUUGGAUUACUUACGGACAAGAUUGGAGAAAGUUCUAUAAAGUGGACCCUCUUGAUUUUGAUGGUUCUCAAGAACAGAAAGAACUGGUCAUUGGUGGAGAAGCUUGUCUAUGGGGAGAAUUUGUGGAUGCAACUAACCUCACUCCAAGAUUAUGGCCUCGGGCAAGUGCCAUUGGUGAGAGACUCUGGAGUCCAAGGGACAUCAAAGAUAUAGAAGAUGCCUACAACAGACUGACCGUUCACCGCUGCAGGAUGACUAGACGGGGAAUAGCUGCAGAACCUCUUUUUACUGGAUAUUGUGAAUACUGAGUACAAAACCAAAAAUGAGCUUAAACAAAGAAGAAAACAAGGGGACAAAGCCCACAGCAAUCUGUUCGACACUCAACUUGAUUUUGAAAUCAUGGCAAUUGAGAUUUCAUAUUGUUUUUAAAUAAAGUAUCUUUCUGAAGACUGAA